CCGUGCGAGGCCGCGCUGGAAGAGCUGCGCGGCGAGCUGCUAGGGCUCGGCAACAGCCUGGGCGAGGCCAUCGACUGCAAAGCAGACGCUGGCCAGGUGCGGGCGCUGGCCGCGAGGCUGGAGGCGAUGAGCACCCGCCGCUGCCUGCCCGAGCAGGGCUCCAAGGAGCAGAGCGGCGGCGUGCCCUUCCCCGAGCUGGCCGGAGGCGGCUUCGGGAAGGAGCUGGUGCAGCCGCGGAACGUCUGGAGCCCAGCGCACGCCCAGCGCAGGAGCCCGCAGACGGGCCGCCGCAGGACCAGUAAUCCGGGCCAGCUGGCGCCGGUGAAGCUUGCCGCGAGCCACGGGGCGCUCCCUGGGCGCUGAGGUGGGCUCGCGAGGCGUAGCGGGGCGGCGGUGCGCGUCAUCCUGGGGACGACGCCGACGACGACGACGACCACCACCACGAUCCGUUGGCGCGGCGCACGGAGGCGCGUUUUCACCGUCCCCCCCUCCCCCCUCCUCCUUCCCUGACCUCCCAGCCCCCCCCC